AUGGCGGGGAGGAACGCUGGUAGGAAUAAUGAGGCUCUUGUUGCUACUGUUGCUAUGCAGGCAAUGGCUGAGGCUUUCCAAAACCCGCCGAAUGCUGACGAGAAUGUUGGAUCUCGUAGUUUGGAAACUUUCCAAAGAGAGAAUCCUCCUGUUUUCCGAGGAAAGUUUGAUCUCGAAGGCGCUCAAGAUUGGUUUCAGGAGAUAGAAAGGAUAUUCAGGGUCAUGGAUUACACUCUUGUGCAGAAGCUUCGCUAUGGCACUCAUAAGUUAAUUGUUGAAGCUGAUGAUUGGUGGGUUGAGACCCGUCAAAGGUUGGAACUUGCUGGUGAGGAAGUGACGUGGGAAGAUUUCAAAAGGGAAUUCUUGAGAAAGUAUUACCCGGAGGAUGCAAGGGGAAAGAGGGAGAUGGAAUUUCUUGAGCUAAAACAAGGAACCUUGUCCAUUACUGAUUAUGCGGCGAGGUUUAUUAAGUUGGCAAAAUUCUAUCCACGUUAUGAUGGGCCAGGUGGGGAAUUCUCUAAGUGUGUAAAGUUUGAAAAUGGAUUGUGUGCUGACAUUAAGAAAGUUGUGAGGUAUCAAAAGAUCUGUGUCUUUGCGGAUUUGGUCGAUAGUUGUAGGAUCUUUGAAGAAGAUAGAAAUGCUCAUUAUAAGAUUAUGUCUGAGAAGAGAAACAAAAGGGCAUCUAGCAGAGGUAAACCUUAUGAUGUUCCAGCUGGUAAAGGGAAACAUAAAGCGUUUCAAGGGAGAAGAACUAGUGGGGGAGAUGCUCAUGCUAGUAUUGUUUAUUACAAAUGUGGGAAACCUGGCCACAAAAGUAAUGUUUGUCGAAGUGAUGUGAAAGCUAAAGAGGAUGAGGUGAGAUGUUUCUGA